AUGGGUUGUCCCUGUGCAGAAUCCGAGGCAAAUGCCGGCCUGACCGUUGAUCCGUAUCACCGCGCCCCAAGCUCCGCACGCGUUUCGAUACAGUCGCGCGAAGAAGCUACUCACAUGUCCACGAAUGCAUCUCGUAAUCAUGAGCCCAAGGUGAUCUGCACGUCGCCAGGUUUUGCGACAAGGCAACUCAUUCCACCAUCCCGAGGCAUUCGCUUCGUCAAGGCCCACGCGUCUCCCGAGAUCGUAAGAGGUUUGGUUGACGACUCGAAAAGUGUCCACGGAAACAAGUUCCGUCGUGAGCAUACCGGUUAA